UAAGUUCCUGUUAGAAAAUUAAAUGAAAAUGGCUACCGACGGUUUACGAGUUGAUAAUCCACAAGAUACCAUAGAAGCGCUCAGUCGGGAGGCGGAGAUGCUGAAGAAAAGACUUGAAGAUGAAAAACAAAAACUAAAAGACAUCGACAUGUGCUCUGCCACAAUGAACAUAGAAAAUACCGGUAUAAGUAACUUUGUUAUGAAGCAGAGGAAAAUGUUGAAAGGACACCAUGGCAAAGUCUUAUGCAUGAACUGGUCAACUGACAAACGUCGUAUAGUGAGCUCCUCACAGGAUGGUAAAAUGCUGGUAUGGGAUGCCUUCACAACAAAUAAGGAGCAUGCAGUAACUAUGCCUACUACCUGGGUGAUGGCGUGUUCCUUUGGUCCAUCAGGAGAGGUUGUAGCAUGUGGGGGUCUAGACAACAAGUGUACAGUUUACCCGGUGAGAGAAGAUGACCCCGCGUCUAAGAAGAAGGCUGUGGCUACACACACAAGUUAUCUCUCUUGUUGUACAUUUACAACCUCAGACAAACAGAUUUUAACAGGAAGUGGUGACAGUACAUGUGCAUUGUGGGAUGUCGAGAGUGGCCAGCUGAUUCAGAGUUUCCAUGGUCACGCUGGAGACGUCAUGAGUAUUGACCUUUCUCCCUCGGAAACUGGCAAUCUAUUUAUAUCUGGGGGCUGUGAUAAGGCGGCUAUGGUGUGGGACAUGAGAUCAGGAGAAUGCGUACAGAUGUUUGAAGGACAUGACUCGGAUAUAAACAGUGUUAGAUUUUACCCAAGCGGUGAUGCAUUUGCAACAGGAUCAGACGAUGCUACAUGUCGUCUGUUUGACCUGCGAGCUGACCGAGAGGUGAACUGUUAUAAGAAAGAUAGUCUAAUUAAUGGCUGUAACUCUGUGGACUUUUCCAUUAGUGGUCGACUUCUAUUUGGUGGAUACAACGAUUACACAGUGAAUAUCUGGGAUGUAUUAAAGGGAAAUCGAGUGACCAUAUUGUAUGCACAUGAAAACAGAGUCAGUUGUCUUGGUGUCUCACCAGAUGGCACUGCUCUAUGUACUGGAAGCUGGGAUUACUCAUUAAAGAUUUGGGCAUAGGCAUUUCUUUAUAUAAAAGAUUUGAUGGUGCAUCUGUGUUAAACCUUUGGCAGUACCCAUCAACCAGUCCUCAGUACUACCCCUGUGACAGAAGAAACCAACUUACUGCCAUCGCUCUGAUGAUGAUGAUACUUAUAUCGAGGACAUACACUCAUCAUUCUUAUGCUGACGGUAUUUGUGUAGAAGAACAGACUUACCAUGACUGUAAUUUUGAUGUUAAUGGUAUUACGUCUAAGUCAAGGCUUACAUCUAUUUGAUAUUGAUGGCAUUUUUUGUUGAAGAAGUGCGGCACCAUCAUCUUUCUGGUGUUAGUGAUGUGUAUAUUUAGGAAUUAAUUGAUGACUAUCCUUGUACUAUCACACAGACAGUUUAAUUGAAGGUAAGCCCUGUCAGUAAGCAGGUGUGAACAAAAUUAACUCUGUCUUCAUUUUUGACCCACAAUCUGUUAACCUUUGACCCAUGACCUUGUCAUUUUUAUUACCCCUCCCCAACCUUCAUUAUUCACCCUUAAAUUUUUUGUGUGAAAUUGAACAAACUCGAGAUGCAACGUCAAAUUCACAUGGAGAUAUUAUUUAUGCUGUUAAGAGGUUACAUUUAUAAAUGUUUUGACUUUUGAAGAGAUCAUACAAUAUAUGAUCCUCAGCUUCCAAAAAUAAAUACCAAAUUCUUCUGCUAUUCAUUUUAUUUGAGUCUGAAGUUGUGUGGUAUGAUAUUAAUUUUGUAAAAAGGAAAUCUUAAUUUGCUUGCUAUCUAAAAACAGGCAAUAACUAACUCCUGUAUUUUCACAUGGCUUGUACUGACUUUAAUAUCAGGUUGAAUGUGAAAACAUGUGACCUUCCUACUUCUUAGAGGUCAGCAUGACUCCGAGUAUUAUAACACUUUGUGUGACCUUGAACCUGGCAAGUCACAUGACCUUGGACCUGUACACUGGUAUAUCUUUUAUAGAAUGUUUUGAAUUAUGGGUAUACAUGCAUAUUUAUAAUUCAGGAAUGUUUUCUCUUGUUAGUAUAGGGGUCAUAUUCCUAUAUUUAAAUUAUGUUAUAGAUAAUUCAUCGUGAACUUUUUACAUAGAGGUCAUAUUUCUUAUGGAUGACUGAUACCUGUGUUGUUUCGAACCUUUAUAAUUAUAUAAACUUCUUUUGUAAUGUUUAGUUUGGUAUUCUCUGGCUUAAAAUGUAGCACAUACAGAGGUAAACAAGAUAACAGGAUAGAUAUGCUAUUCUAGAGAUUAUUACAGCCACAGUUUCGCCUUUUGACUUUUCAGCAGAUGAGAAUUUAUGUUCAGAGUUAUCUUCCUUACAAAUAGCACCAUGACACACUGAGAGUUACUGUCCUUUAAACUGUUCAUGCUUGAUUAUAUCAAAUGUCUGACACUCUGGGUGUAUCAAAAGCUUGUAUUAUAUCAAAUGUCGGACACUCUGGGUAAAUUAAAAGCUUGUAUUAUAUCAUAUGUCAGAAAUGUGUCUGUAUAAAAUUCACAGGCUGCAUUUACAACCAUCAAUGAUUUGUUCAGGGUCAUUGUAUUAAAGAUAUUUAUAGGAAAAAUAAUAUUUAUCUUAGUAAGAUGACAUAACUCCUUAUACAAAGAUUAAAUGAUCGCCUUGUUUGCUUUAAUGCAUUAUAGCCUAAAAUUAAUAGACUUUCAAAGACGGUUUACAACACAAUAUUUAUUCCAAAUAUUGAAAAUAUACAAUAAAAAUGAAAGAAGACUUUAAUUAUUGAGAAAUGUAGUCAUUUUGGCGAGGUUGUUAUUUGAAAAUAAGUUAAAUCCUUCAUUUCAUCACUGUCAAAAUCACAGGGACUUGACACAAGAAAUAUUAUACAGCCUGUUUGGAGGAGUGUGUACCAAGUCCCUGUGAUGAGAACCUGUACCGGUGAUAUCAACACCUGUUCAGUCUGUACACUCAGUUAUUCCAGUUCAUACAUUUUUUUUGUGUGAAUUUGACUGUGUUCAAUCCUCUAAUGCUAUAAUCUAGUCAGAUCUGAUAUUUUAUUAUUUUUAUUGAUAUAUUAUUCUUUAUGUAAUAUUUUGUGUAAUAUUUUGUCUACUGGUGCUGAUUCUAUUUUGUUUGAUUAUCAGAACUAACUGAUACUAUCCUGUAGAAUUUUAAUGCUUCAAUCUUGUUUUAGCUGUCUCUAUUAUUGUUAAUUUUUAUUUUUUAUAAUAUAUAUUUUAACACUUGUCCCUCUGUAGAUGUAAAUCUGGAUAUUUUCAAGAGAGAAUGUUUGUUACAAUUUGGUACUUAGUCAUAAUUUUAUAGAUUCAGAAGUGAUAGUCAUUGUUAGUCAUGAUACUAGAAAUCCAUUGGUGGAAAUCGAAAAUAAAAUAAUUCAUGAAUUGUAGUUCACUCAUGAGAAUUCCAUUGGUGGAAAGUCAAAAAUAAAAUAAUCCAUGAAUUGUACUUCACUCAUGAGAAAUCCAUUGGUGGAAAUUUAAAAUUAAAAAUAUAAUAAUCCAUGAAUUGUAGUUCACUCAUGAGAAGUAUUCAAAAUCUGUAAUAUCAAGCUUUCACAGAGCCUAAGUUUGGUCUUUGAUUUGUUUGUUAAGUUAUUUUCUGUACCAAUACCAAGUUUAUAUGCAAAAAUGACUUUGUAAACUGAAUACUAAUUGUACAAAAGGAACUUUAUAUUCAGAUUUCUAGUGAUUUGCCAUGCCGUAAGAUAUGAUAUUUUGCUUGUUUUAUGUUUUUGAACAUUUGGAAUAUAUCAAGUUAAUAAUAACUUAUGUUAAACAUCAUUGUUAAUUUGAUAGGAUCAUGUUUUCAUUGAAACAAAAAAAUGUAAAUUGAAAGGGAAGCAUUUCACUAAAAUGAGAUAAUUCUUUGCAUUAUUUUAUCAAAUACAUGUAGAUUUAACAUGUAAAAAUGUUGUAUUUGUACAAAUGUAUCCAAUGUCUGGUUUUGAAAUGUUUCCAAUUCUCUAGUCUGUGAGUAGUUGACAUGGUUCAUCACCGAGACACAUACUUUAGCACUCCAUCAUGGAAUACUUGCAGAUUAAAUUGUUCUUUUUGCACAUGUCAUUAAUCCAGAACGAGUGUGAACAUGUCCAUUGGACAACACACAAUUACACCAUUACACCAGUCCCUUCACAGUAUCGUCAACAUGUGUUUAAGACAUGUGACAGUUACACGUUGAAUAGUAUUACGAUUAAGGCUCUGUUGUAACUUUGUGUCAUGAUAUAUUAAUGUAUAUUUGUCUUGUCGAAUCUCAAGGUCUUUCAUCGUGGGAAGCAUGUGAGAGUUUAAAAAUGUUUUUUAGUGUACUACAUAAUUAUAUGAUCAAAAUUUACUAGUCAAUUGAAUUUUAGUGAAACGCAAACACAACACUUAGCUGAAUUUUACAUACAGUGUUUUUCUUUUGAAGAAUUUGGUACUUUCUAUCUGAACAGCAUAACCUCAUAUCUAAUAUCAUAAUAGCAAUUAGAGACUUCUUAAUUGGGUGAUUUUAUCUUUGUCAUUACCUUUCUGAGGUUCACAUGACUGCAUGUUCACCUCAUCAAAAGUCAAUAAUUGUUGAUAAUGAGUUUUGUAGUCUGAUAUUCUGUGAACUUUUUCUUGUGAAAUAAACUUUUGUGAAAUCUGGUGAAUUGCUAUGACAGGAAAAAGAAGACCAAUAACAGUUUAGUAUUAAAAGAGGUUUAUAUUAUCCCUUUAGGAUACCUGUAUAAUGAUCUCAUAUUUUAAAAAUUCUCAUCCGAAAUCUAUUUACUGGUUAUCCUGAGGGAAUUCUGAUUUCUUCACAAUUUCUUCUUGCUAUAAAACAAAAAUUGGACUCUUAUGAAAUCUAUUUUGAGUUGGAUUAGACAGUCCACAUAUCUGUAAGGUGGAAAUUUUCAUACUGUUAUUUCUAAUAUCAAUGUUCAGAUAAAUUUCUGUUUGCAAAAUAUAUAGUUUCGAGUGGAAUUAGUAAACAGAUUCAACAUCACAGGACAUGGUACAAACCCCAAUCCCCCUCAGUGACUAUAUAGGUAUGUAUAUUGUAUGUUAGGAAACUUACAUCACUGUUUGACUUUUACUAUUAUCAUCUAAUGACAAGAGAGUGAAUUUAACAAUGAAGCAAUUAUUUGACUAUUCCAUAUUUUAGAUAUCUUGCAUUUGAUCUGGACAAAUUUGAAUGUGUCGGAAAUGUUCAAUUUUGUCAGUGGACAAAGUGUCCUGAUAUGUAGUAAAUACAUACUCAAUAUGUUUUAUAAGGCCAUAACACUCUUUGAUCAUGUGACCUCUAUAAUGUGGUGUCACUGAUCGUAUCGUUACUCGGGAGAUCUAUAAUCUUACCCUUGUCUCCUUCGUAUCGUUACUCGGGAGAUCUAUAAUCUUACCCUGUCUCCUACGUAUCGUUACUCGGGAGAUCUAUAAUCUUACCCUGUCUCCUACGUAUCGUUACUCGGGAGAUCUAUAAUCUUACCCCGUCUCCUUCGUAUCGUUACUCGGGAGAUCUAUAAUCUUACCCCGUCUCCUACAUAUCGUUACUCGGGAGAUCUAUAAUCUUACCCCGUCUCCUACGUAUCGUUACUCGGGAGAUCUAUAAUCUUACCCCGUCUCCUUCGUAUCGUUACUCGGGAGAUCUAUAAUCUUACCCCGUCUCCUUCGUAUCGUUACUCGGGAGAUCUAUAAUCUUACCCCGUCUCCUUCGUAUCGUUACUCUGGAGAUCUAUAAUAAUCUUCGUAUGUUGGAAAUCGAUACCAUGUCGCGGCCUGUGGGUGUUGGAAAUCUAUACCAUGUCUUUGACCUUGGGUGUUGAAAAUCUAUGCCAUGUCUCUGACUGUGGGUGGGAAAUCUAUACCAUGUCUCUGACUGUGGGUGUUGACAAUCUAUGCCAUGUCUCUGUGACCCAUUUCCUUAUUUGUUAGGAAUAAGUAGGAAUUACAGUACGUGAUUAAUUUAUACCUGGCUUUACAUGUUUGUACAGCUGUAUAAUCUGUGUGUGUGGGUAGUUGGGUGUGUGAGCAUCACAUUUUAACCUUCCUAAUAUUAUAAGAACCGCCUGUCAAUGUUGAUUGUAUACACUAUUUAAAUGUACAAAAUGACUUGUCAUGGCUUGAGCA